UUCGGCGCCGCCAAACACUUCCCGCAGAACUCGUGCUAUUGUCUGCGCAAAGACGUCAACGACUGCGACAAAGACGGCCUUCUCGAGCUCUCGCACUGUUUGCGACAGACGGGCGGCGCUCCCGUCGCGCUCUCGUGGCCGUACUUUAUGGACGCCGACCGCCGCCUCCGCGACGACAACAUGCGGCUUCGGGGGGCGCUUCCCCUCACGUUCGACAAUUACGGCACUUUCCUCGACAUCGAACCGACGACGGGCGCGCCUUUGAAUGCCGUGAAGCGAAUGCAACUCAAUGUCCGCAUCGGACACUCGGAGGCCAUAAAGUGGGUGUCUUUGGAAGUGCUGGAAGUCUUACUCUUAUCUCUUCUCUCUCCGCAGACAACUGAACGCCACGCGCAAGGGAAAGGACUUCUUGGUGCCCGUGCUUUGGGUCGAACAGGUAAACCGCUCUUUCAGACGGCAUUCCCUCUAAACACGUGUUUUGGCCGACAGUCGGGCGCUUUGGACGACAAGUUCGCGGAAAUGUUUAAAUCGCAACUCAUAAACACGAAGCGCGCGGUGACCGCAGUUUCCGUCGGCCUAAUCGUCGUCGGCGUUCUCGCGCUCGUAAUCGCCGUCUAUUUGGUCUUCAAAAACAUGAAUCAAAACCAA